AUCCUCCAUCCUCCGCCUCCUUUCCAGCAGAAAUGGCGGCUGCGGCGGUUCGAGUUAUGUUGUUACCCGCGGCGCGGCGGCGGCUCUGGGGUUUCAGCGAGAGUCUCCUGAUCCGCGGCGCUGCGGGACGGUCAUUAUAUUUUGGAGAGAACAGAUUACGAAGUACACAGGCUGCUACCCAAGUUGUUCUGAAUGUUCCUGAAACAAGAGUAACAUGUUUAGAAAGCGGACUCAGAGUGGCUUCAGAAGACUCUGGGCUCUCAACAUGCACAGUUGGACUCUGGAUUGAUGCUGGAAGUAGAUAUGAAAAUGAGAAGAAUAAUGGAACAGCACACUUUCUGGAGCAUAUGGCUUUCAAGGGCACCAAAAAGAGAUCCCAGUUAGAUCUGGAACUUGAGAUUGAAAAUAUGGGUGCUCAUCUCAAUGCCUAUACCUCCAGAGAGCAGACUGUAUACUAUGCCAAAGCAUUCUCUAAAGACUUGCCAAGAGCUGUAGAAAUUCUUGCUGAUAUAAUACAAAACAGCACAUUGGGAGAAGCAGAGAUUGAACGUGAGCGUGGAGUAAUCCUUAGAGAGAUGCAGGAAGUUGAAACCAAUUUACAAGAAGUUGUUUUUGAUUAUCUUCAUGCCACAGCUUAUCAAAAUACUGCACUUGGACGGACAAUUUUGGGACCAACAGAAAAUAUCAAAUCUAUAAGUCGUAAGGACUUAGUGGAUUAUAUAACCACACAUUAUAAGGGACCAAGAAUAGUGCUUGCUGCUGCUGGAGGUGUUUCCCAUGAUGAACUGCUUGACUUAGCAAAGUUUCAUUUUGGUGACUCUUUAUGCACACACAAAGGAGAAAUACCAGCUCUGCCUCCCUGCACAUUCACAGGAAGUGAGAUUCGUGUGAGGGAUGACAAGAUGCCUUUGGCGCACCUUGCAAUAGCUGUUGAAGCUGUUGGUUGGGCACAUCCAGAUACAAUCUGUCUCAUGGUUGCAAACACGCUGAUUGGCAACUGGGAUCGCUCUUUUGGAGGAGGAAUGAAUUUAUCUAGCAAGCUGGCCCAGCUCACUUGUCAUGGCAAUCUUUGCCAUAGCUUUCAGUCUUUCAACACUUCCUACACAGAUACAGGAUUAUGGGGACUGUAUAUGGUUUGUGAACCAGCCACUGUUGCAGACAUGCUACAUGUUGUUCAGAAGGAAUGGAUGCGACUCUGUACAAGUGUCACCGAAAGUGAAGUCGCACGAGCCAAAAAUCUUCUGAAAACAAACAUGUUGUUGCAGCUUGAUGGUUCAACUCCAAUUUGUGAAGAUAUUGGUAGGCAAAUGUUAUGCUAUAAUAGGAGGAUUCCCAUCCCUGAGCUUGAAGCAAGAAUUGAUGCUGUGAAUGCUGAGACAAUUCGAGAAGUAUGUACCAAAUAUAUUUAUAAUAGGAGUCCAGCUAUUGCUGCUGUUGGUAAGCCUGGCUUCUUUUCUUCUAUGCAAAAAGUUGGCCAAGUACUUUUAAUUAACUGUCUUCUUUUUAAUCCUUAGGUCCCAUUGAGCAACUACCAGAUUUUAAACAGAUUUGCAGUAACAUGUGUUGGCUUCGUGAUUAAAAUGCUCGUUAUCAAGGUUGUUUGAACACAUGUAUUUAUAAAACAGAUCUAGAAAAAAAAAUGAACAUGUAUAUACAUUUGAAUGAAAACAUGUAUAUACAUUUGGAAAUUUGAAUGAAGUACUGUAUCAUACUUUCAAAGGAUAAAAAGACUACCCCUCUGAAGGUUGUUUUGUAUUAAUGGUCAAUCUUUGUUCUCUGAGAAAUUAUACUGGAAGCAGCAUACUUUCAAAUUACCACCAUAAGUAUAAUUUUAAGAAUGAAAAUGUUUACAGUAUUUUCAGUUUUAUUAUAAAAAUGCACAUACAACAAAGAUUGUCAUCAAGUCAUUUCUUGGCUCUACUUGCAUUCAGCACUUGUUCUUGAGCAGCUUUCUUUGCUUUUACCAUCUCGACAAGUUCCUAGGAAGGAAGAAAGGAAGUUGUCAGAAUUUAAAAACAGACAUUUUAAUCUAGUGUUUGGUAUAAAGAAUUCAAACAACUAAGACAGUACGAAGUAUACCUUUUUCACUGCCUGCCAAGGCCUAGAAAGUCUCUAAGGUUGCUCAUUUAUUCCUAAUAAUAUUGGCCCCAUUAACCACUUAAUAGACAAAAUGUGAGCUUAUAUAACCCACGUUAAAUUUAAAAUACAACAAUCUAUAAACUCUUAAGUCUGCAACCUUGUAUCGUUUCAUGCAGUCCUUCUUUGUCCUGCCAGGCACCACUUCUGCUAUUUUUUCCCAUCUUUCAGGUGUAUUUACUGGGUAUGUUUUCAAAGCUUGUUCCAAAAGCUUCUGUUCUUCUGUUGUCCAAGGGGUGAAGUCCGUAUAUGGACCUGUUUAAGAAAAAUUUUUAUUUGAAAACUGUCUUGUUCAGAACAUGUUCCCAGACAAGUCUUGUGGUCCACAAGUGUCCGCUAAGUGCCCAUUUCAAUCUGGGAUGUGUCAUUUUGAAAUAAACUUGUAGAGAUGAGAGAUACAUAUAUCCCUCUGAGUGUUAGUAAGAGAAAAAACUUUAGAUGACUCACACCCCAGAAAAUAAAAUCUCAAAGGCUUUUUAAAACACAAGAGUAAAGAUCUGCCUGGUACUGUUUAUCUCUUACAAAUCAAUGUAAUAUACCCACUAGACUGGAAAAAAGCCAUAUUUAAAUUUAUAGUACUGUUGGACUCUUGGGCUCAAAAACACAACCACAAUUCAUUGAGAGUUCUGAUAAAUCUACUUCCUUACAGGAUAGGUAAAAGAGCUUCCUCACAGUUAAACUUUUGCUGGACAGAAACCCUGGAAACCAUUUUUGUUUUACACUGAAGGAGACAAACCUAGCAAAAUUAAGCCAAGUGCCCAAGGUACCAGUGCCUAAGAGGCAAGCUGAGAUUAGACUGUGUUGUAGUGUGGUGUUCUCUUCACAUCUGCUAAAAUCUUGGGAGCCAAUGCUGAACACUUCCAAUAACUGCUAUUGUGGUUCUUCAACUAAACCUUUAAUAUUUCAGAAAACAUCUAAGAUGUGUGUCAGAAACAAAUGUAUUUCUUAAGGAUGUUAAGUAUUACACAGUCCACUUGUGUAGGUAAAAGGAGAACGUUAAGUGGUAGAGAGCUGAUUUGGUUAAGUCAAUGGACUUCUGGCAAUUUAGUUAUUUCAGACUAUGCAGUGACAACACAGACCUAAUAUUACCAGUAGCCUACUACUUGAAACUGCGUCCUGUGAGAUCUGUCACAAAGUUAAGCCUAGAAACCACAGUUCCUUCCCAAUUAAAGAAGGAAACAAACAAACAAAACCCCACCACCUAUUCAAAACAAAGCAGAGAAUCUGUAUAAUAUUUGAAGGUACCUAAGGUGCAUAAGCAGCUUUUUUGAAGGUAACUUUUAAGUUCUAGGAAGUCUUUUGUUGAAUUUCCUUGUAUUGGUUUAAAGCCCUAAAUACCAUAGAUUUUAUAUCCUCUCUUGGAAAAAAAGAUGGAAGUGACAUGGUAGUAUUUCCUGCUGUUUUCCAGUUACUUCACAGUACCAAAAUAAAUUAAAUGUACUGUUGCAAAAUUCCUAUGAGAAAUCACUAUUCAAAAAAUGGUGCCAGGUUUAAUGGUACAACUGAAGAGGAAGGAGCCUUCCCAUUUCCAUAAAAGAGGCAAAGAUGCUAAAAGACAAAGGACUACUGUCAGUCACUCUUGCCUUCACAGGGUCACCUCUCCUCACAGCAGACUGGACAAGUAUCAGGGCCUACCUCCCUCCAACAUGGAAACAAGUCCCCUAAGAGCUGAGACUAGUGUGCUAAUACCUGUUGUAUGGUAUUCUGUGGAGAUAAAGGCACAGGAGAAUAAACCCCUUUA